AUGCCCCCCCAACCCAUCGAGAAAAUCACCAAAAUCUACACCCACCUCCUCACCCUACACCCCGAAUCCUCCCCCGACGCCCUCGACCAAUUCGCUUCCUACUUCUCCCCCUCCUGCAGAGUCUACCUCAAAUCCAUGCGCGAGGCCAACGAUCCUGCCACCGACCGCGCCGCCAUCGUCAGUCACCUCCGCGAUUACCUCAAGGACCAAGUCCUCGAGCAGCGAAACGUAAUCUCCCAGAGCGUCGGCGAGGAUGGCGAGGGCGGCGUCCGCGUGUUUGUCGAGAUGGAGAAUCGGUAUAAUGUGCAUGGUCAAAUCUUGGACAGGUUCCCCGAGACACUGGUUGCGACGUUUGACGAGGAGGGGCUUGUGAAUAGCUUCAAGCUUUACAGUUGCAGAAGCCAUAUUGUCAUGUUGAUCCAGACUGCAACUGGGGAGGGCCCUUAUAGCGAAGAGGUCAUGAACUCUUCGAUUCAGCACCACUAUCUCGGCGUUUAG